AUGGUAACAAAGAAAAAAGAAAUGAUAAAACGAAAUAAAUUGGAUGAAACGACAAAUUUGGGACGUGAAGAUGAAAGUGAUGAACGUGGUUCAAUAGAGAAAGCUGCUUCGGAUAAGUGCGAAGAAGUGACCAAAUCUUCUUUGCAAAAACAUAAACGGAAAAAAUCUAAACAAUACGUUGCUCAGCCAUCAGCAUGUUUUGAAAAUGUAGAGUUGGCAACAGAUGUAGAAUCAGUAAUGACUUUCAAAGAUUUUGGUCUGGAUGAACAAUUGUUAAAAGUUAUUGGUGAGUUUGGAUGGGAGCGUCCGACAUUGAUUCAGAGCCGAAUGAUUCCAACUGCUUUUGAAAAUAAGAAUAUUCUUGCACGAGCACGAACGGGUAGUGGCAAAACAGCCGCAUUUAUGCUUCCUCUUGUACAAAAAGUUUUGCAACUGAAAUGUAAUUCUUCAAGUAACGGAGAUGCUGGUCCAUUUGCGGUUUUCAUUGUCCCUUCUAAAGAGCUGGCAAAACAGACUUAUUCAUUGCUAUGCAAAUUAACAGAGAAAUUCCCGUUCUUAAUGUCGUUGAAUUUCGCGGAAUUGAAUGUAAAUACUGAUGAUGGCUGGCUUUUGAAGAAACCCGAUUUUGUUGUUUCUACACCUGGUCGAUUACUGCACGCUCUGAAAAAGUAUGGAAAACCGUGCGAAUCAGUUAAACACGUUGUACUAGACGAAGCUGAUUUGCUGUUGUCGUUUGGAUAUGCUGAGGAAAUGAGGCUGAUAAAAAAUUUUUUCCCAGCACACCACCAGACAAUAUUCACUUCAGCAACAAUGACUGAAAACGUCGAAGCACUUAAGGAGCUCUACGUGACCGGUCCAAUUGUUCUAAUGAAAUUGAAGGAAGGACAGCUACCGAGUAGCAAGCAGCUUUCACAGUAUCAUAUUUCUUGUCAAAACGAAGAGGAACGGUUUGCAAUCUUUUUGGCACUGUUGAAGUUGAAAUUAAUUGUUGGUAAAUCAAUCAUCUUUGUCAGAGAUACGGAUCGUUGUUAUCAACUUGGACUUUUUUUACAAGCAUUCAAUAUUCGAUCAUGCAUUUUGAAUGCCCAAAUGCCAAUGAAUAGUCGUUGUCAUGUAGUGGAACAGUUUAAUGAAGGACGGUAUUCCUACGUCAUCGCCUCUGAUAUAAAUGAUGUAUCAGGCGAAUCGCAAGCAGUGAUGAAAGAUGAAGAUGAUGAAGAUAUAUCUAAAAAGAAAAAAAUGCAGAAAAAGAAACGGAAGCAUAUCGACAAAGAAUCAGGAAUUUCUCGAGGCAUUGAUUUUCAUCACGUUGCAAAUGUCAUCAAUUUCGAUUUCCCUACAUCGCUUAACUCUUACAUACAUCGUGUUGGCAGAACUGCUAGAGGAUGGAACAAAGGCAACGCUUUAUCAUUUGCUUCACCUCAAGAAAAGCCGGUUUUGGAUGAAGUUCAAGAAGAAAUUAAUGCGCAGUUAGGGCAUCGUGCAAUCACUCCAUAUGAAGUUCGCAUUAAAGAACUGGAAUCAUUCGUUUUAAGAACUCGAGAAGUACUCGCAGCUUGUACCAAGACUGCAAUCAGAGAAGCUAGAUUAGCGGAAAUACGGGCAGAAAUAUUGCGCUCGAAACGACUGGAAGCUUAUUUUGCUAAGAACCCUCGUGAAAGGGCGGCUUUGGAACACGAUAAGAAAUUAUUUUCUGUGAAUCUUCAUAGUCCUGCUAUUGGCGAUGUUCCGGAUUAUAUGGUUCCACCGUCGUUACGAGGAUUAAAUUAUCGAAGUGAACCAGUGAAAAAGGAAGGAAGACGAAAGCGCAAAAAGCAAAUGCGCCCAACGCCACAUCAAAUGAAAUACCAAAAGAAAAUAGAAGACCCACUGCAGAGUUUUUCAUUUCUCUGA